AUGAAGACUGUAUCUGUAACUCGUGAGACGUACAAGGCAAUGCUGGUGGACAAAGUCAUACCUGCAAUCCGUGCCAAGUGGCCUCGCGGCGAGACCAAGGCAGUCAAGAUCCAACAAGACAAUGCCCGGCCCCACGUUCCUCCAAGUGAUGUUGAUGUCGUUGCUGCAUGCAAGGCGGAUGGCUGGGACAUGGAAGUGGUAUUUCAACCGCCUAAUUCACCAGACCUCAAUGUCCUGGACCUCGGAUUUUUCCGCGCCAUUCAGGCCCUCCAGGCCGAAAAGCACUCGAGUAGUCUUGAGGAGAUUGUGGCUGCCACCGAUGCUGCGUGGGAUGUGGUCAGUACCAAGACACUCAACAAGAACUGUCUCACCCUGCAGAGAUGCCUCCAAGAGGUCUUGUAG